AUAGUCAAGACCAAAUAGUAGCAGUAUUCACUCUUUGAGUUGGACCGGCCUUCCUAUAAAAUCACCCCCCUUUCCUUCAUUUCUUCAUUCCAUUAUCAUCAUUCUUGCAUUUUCAUUCUCAAAAUCAAUAAAAUUAAAUUAAAUAAAAAAGAAAAAUGAAGAUGAGCAGUCAAAGUAUGGGAGCAAGCAAGAGAAAGUUUGUAAACCGCGGAUUAAGUGGUAUGGUUAGGGAGCAAAGAGCAAGGCUUUAUAUUAUCAGGAGAUGUGUUGUUAUGCUCCUUUGUUGGCAUGAAUAACUUCUUCUUCUUCUUCUUCUUCUUCUUUUUUUAUUCUAUUUAUUCAUAUUAAUUGUAUAUAGUUAUUACUUAAUAGGAGUAUUUUAAAUGUUAAUUAAGGAUAGAAAGUUUUGACACAAUUUUGCUGUUUUUAUUUUUUUCGAAUUAUUUUUCCUUUUAAGUUUUUAGGUUCAUCGUGUACAUCGGCAUAGCUUGAAUGAAGAUCAUUGAUUAGUUGUUA